AUGGCGGAAGAAGUACCAUAUGAAGUGGCUACAAGUCUCAUCAACACGUUGGCUUCAGCAGCCUUCAGAGAGAUUGCUUCCAUUUAUGGGGUGGAGAGAGAGAUUGAUUGGCUGAAGGAAACUGUUGGAGACAUCAAAGCAGUUCUCGCUGAUGCUGACCACAAGCAGCAAACUGAACAACUCAUCCAGCGCUGGAUAACCAAAGUCAAACAAGUUCUUUACGAUGCAGAUGACUUACUUGAUGAGAUCCACACUAAACAUUUGCUGCGCCAGAGGGAUGGAAAGGGAAAGGUAAGUGACUUCUUCUCAUCCUCCAAUCCAAUCCUUUUUCGCUCCAAAAUUGCUCGCAAGAUCAGAAGCAUUAAAGAGCAAUUUAAUGCUGUUAAUAAAAGAAUGUCGGAGCUGAAUUUAGAUCGAAGAGCUGUUGAAACGAAGCCUAAAAAGAGUAACCGGAGGGAAACUAGUUCUAAGCUUGAAGAGAAUAUCAUUGGCAGGGAGGAAAGUGAGAAAGAGGUUAUUAAUCUGUUGCUAAAUACUGAUAACAAUGAAAAUGUUUCUUUGGUUGCUGUUGUGGGGAUAGGUGGUUUAGGUAAAACUGCUCUUGCCCAACUGGUCUACAAUAACGCUAAAGCCAACAAACUCUUCGAUAAGCAAAUGUGGGUAUGUGUUUCUGACGAGUUUGAUGUGAAAGCACUCGUUAAAAAAAUAUUGGAAUCCUCAAUUAACGAUGGUGUGAGUGACCAACAAUUGGAACUGCUCCAAAAUAAACUUGAGCAGAAUUUGAAUGGCCAGAAAUAUUUGCUGGUCCUUGACGAUGUGUGGACUGAGGAUAGAGAAAAGUGGCUACAUUUGAAAAAAUAUCUGAUGUGCGGUGCCAAAGGUAGUAAGAUUUUAGUGACUACUCGUAAUCAAACGGUGGCCAAUAUAAUGGGUGUUAAGAGGCCAUAUCUUUUGGAAGGAUUGGACAAUGACCAAUCUUGGAAACUGUUGAAAAGAUUGACAUUUGAUGAUAAUGAAAUAACGACCCCAAAUCUGGAGUCUGUGGGCCAAAAAAUUGCAGAAAAAUGUAAGGGCGUUCCGCUGGCAAUAAGAGCUAUGGGAAGUUUGUUGCGCUCAAAAUCACGGGAAAGUGACUGGGAAGAUCUCUUAAAAGGUGACUUUUGGAAGCUACGUGACGCUAAUGAUUCAAUUAUGCCAAUUUUAAAGUUGAGUUAUGACAGUCUGGCAAUUGAAUUAAAACAGUGUUUUGCUUAUUGUUCUUUAUAUCCAAAAGAUUCGAGAUAUAAUAAGAAUGAAUUGAUUGAUAUGUGGAUGGCACAAGGCUUCCUUGAAAACAAAGACGAGGAACAAUGUCUAGAAGACGUCGGUGAAGAGUACAUUCGUAUUUUGUUGAUGAAGUCAUUUUUGCAAGAUGUUGAGACGGAUGGAUUAGGAGAAAUGGAAUAUUUUAAAAUGCAUGAUUUGAUGCAUGACCUAUCCCAAUCAGUUGCUAGUAGCUUUGACAUAUACAUUGAGGGAGGAAAAGACGUUCCAAGGUAG